AAAGCCCCCCAAAGUCUCACAAUGAUGGCUGUAGUGUGUCCUUAUCAGCUAAGAUAUGAGUUCCCAACCUCUUGAGCUUUCUCUUCUACAGAGAUACUUUCUUGCGAGAAAUGAAGCUGGUGUGUAUUCAUCGUUUCUCACUGGUGCAAAGCUUGAUAAGCCUAUUGUCAAGGAUGAUCUUGAAAAAGCCAUAAACAGUCUUGUAUCGCAGAGGAAGACUCUCCGAUCAACUGUUGUUGAUGGUAAGGUCCAUGAGAUUACGAUUGUGCCAUCAGAUGUGACUCUGUACGUAACAGGUGACCAGGAGAUGGAGGAUUUGUUGAAUGAAAUCCACGAGACGAAAUACCCCGUUGACCAGAACAAACCAAUGUGGAAACUGUUUGUAUACGGCAAUUGGCUGAUCUAUGCCUGUAAUCACAUCUUUUCUGAUGGUACAGGCUCAAUUCUUGUUGUUGAAGACUUGAUCAGGCUAUUAAACGGUCAAGAACUCACGCCAGAUGUUGAUUUCUCGGCCAAAUACGACAAAAUCAUUAAACCCUCGUGGUUGCAUUUUACAAAGACGAUUGUCAAGGAACUUUCCACUGUGGUGAAGUCUAUUGGCAGUACAAAGAACGAAUCCAGGGUCAUUACUACACAGUCCUUCAAGACCCAAAUUCGUAUAAUCAAGCUUGAUAGAGGACAAUUCCAAAAGAUCAAGCAGUUCACCAAAAGGGAGGUGCUUUCAUUUACAGAACUGUUAAUGUGCUUGAACUACCUUGUUCUAGAACACCUCAGUGAUGACCCACUCAUCAAGAUUGAUAUCCCCAUAAAUCAACGGAGAGCUCUUGGAGAUGGUAGAGCAUAUGGUGCGUAUGUAUCGUCCAUCGUGUUUGAAUUACCAAGAGACAUCAAGACAUGGGGUGAUCUCAAGAGCCAAGUGAAAAUCAAGCAAUCAAGUAUCGAGAAGUCAGUCCAGGAUGUUGGGAUGUUGAAGUACAUUGAUAUGAAGACAUAUAUUGAAAGCAAUGUGUCAAAUGGCCUACAACCAAAUCGUGUUGAAAUCUCCAACUUAGGGUUGAGAGAGCACAUCACGGGGAAUUAUACUGCUGAUGAGUAUAUUUUCUCGCAGUCUUAUAAUCCAACACAUGCAACGCUCAACAAUUCUCUGAUAUCUUCAACAGAUUGGACUACUAUUGUUGUAACAGCACCACUAGAACUGCCUAACUUCAAGAGGUAUUUCAAGUCGAUUGAACUCUUAUUUGAAAAACUCUCUGACCCAUGUGAAGAUAUUACUGUUGAGGAACUCAGAGGUUACCUUGUUGAUAUAUGAAUAGCAUUCUAGCUUUCUAUUCUCAUGAGACCAUGCAUGC